AUGGUCCUCCAGCUCCGCCCCAACUGCGAAUACUGCGACAAAGACCUCCCACCCUCCACCCCCGAAGCCCACAUCUGCUCCUACGAAUGCACCUUCUGCAGCGAGUGCACCGAGGCGAAACUCUUCAACGUAUGUCCCAACUGCGGCGGGGGACUCACACCGAGACCUAUACGGCCGUCGACCGAGUGGCGGAAAGGUUUGUCGUUGGCGAAUCAGCCGGCGUCGACGAAACGGGUGCAUUUGAAGUAUGGUGUUGAGGAAGUGGAGGUUCAUGCGAAGAGGAUUAGGGAUGUUGAUCCUAAGGAUCGGUAG